AUGGCAGGCGGUGACAGUGAGGAAGGACCUCCGGAUUCUUCCAAUAAGCCUGUAAAUAAUCCGUAUUUGGCUCAUUUUAACGUCAAUCAACAACACUCAAGACCUCACAAAAGGCUUGGAAACCGUUUUGUAUCAACACGGCAACAACAGGCACCAGCUGCACCUGUGAGGAGCACUAUUAUAAAUACACCGCAUAUAGAUACUCCUACUCCUAUUAUCACGCCGCCAGUUAAUACAGAAACACCAGCAUCAGCACCAACAUCAACGCAGCACCAACUUCCACAACACGCAUACGGAAACUACUCCAACUAUUACUCUACCCGUCGUAAUCCAAUCGCACGACUAGAUCCCCGUCUAGCACUUCUAAAUCCAUCAUGGUUUGAAGGCAAACGAGUACUAGAUAUUGGAUGUAACUCUGGCGACAUAACGAUCUCCAUUGCAGUCUUGUUUGGCCCUUCCCAUAUCGAAGGUGUAGAUGUGGAUUUAUCUUUAAUAGCUAAAGCACAGACGGCAUUACGAUGGAGGGCGUCAGUCGUGAAGGCAGAUAAAAGUAAAAAGAAGAGGAAACGGGUUGCUGUAUGUAAUAAUACGCUGGAUUUAGAUUAUUAUCCGAUAUCUGCUCCUGCUAUGCUUGGAAUGAUGCCCGUAGAUACCGAAUAUACGCCACAAAGUAAACUAGAUGCGAAUCCAGAAGCAGAAGAAGUGACUGGUGCUGAAACGUCCAGUCUCUUUCCAGAAAACAUACAUUUCCGAGCCUCAGACUGGCUAAACGAACUACCAGCCCCCUUAGAAUCAAGCCAUGACUGUAUACUAGCUCUCUCAGUAACCAAAUGGAUUCAUUUGCAUCACGGUGAUGAUGGCUUACUUGCCUUCUUCGAACGUGUACAUAAGACCCUAAAGACUGGCGGACGAUUCAUACUUGAACCACAGCCAUUCGAUACAUAUAAUCAGCGACUCAUGGCGCAACAUAUGAAGGAUCACUAUAAUAGUAUUAAAAUCAAACCAGAUGACUUUGAGAAAGUCCUGGUACGAGAUAUUGGAUUUACGAGAUGUGAUGCCUUGGGGGCUGGUAUGAAUGACAGCAAGCAGUUUCGAAGACCUGUAUAUGCUCUUGUGAAGUAA